AUGCUUAAAACAUUGAAUAAGGCUUCAUGCAUGUUGCAGUCAUGUCGAUUAUCGGGAAUUUGGCUGGUAUCUCCAGUUCGGUUAAUUUCAUCUAAGGCAGAUGAUGGCAUAGCGGAGAAAGAUAAGAAGCAGAAGAGUGGUAGAAAGGGUAAAAGGCAGGGUUCGUCAAGGUUAAAAGUGGAUGAACAUUCAAAGGUCAGUAAGAAGUUAGUUACAGAUAAAAAACAGGGCGAUGCUAAAAAUAUUGUGGAUGUCUUUAAUAAGCGGGAUUAUCUUUUAGUGCCCACAGUUGCAUCUACGGAUCAUGUUCCUUUAGAGGAGAUUGCUACAGAAGAGCUGUUUGCCAGAUACAGGCCACUAUUUUUGGGUAACUCUAUUUUAGACACUGAUAGGCAUGGGAAACUUCUGGAUAAGUUCUUCAGUUCCUUGAAAGAUGCUGGAAACAUUAUUGUUGAUAUCGAGCAUAGGUCUGUUGAGGUCAAUUUUCAAGAUUUGUUGAAGGUUUUAAAGACAGGAUCCGUUGAUAUCCAAAAAUGGAAACACGCAGAUUCUGAAUUAUCUUGGAAGAUACUGAAACAUAACCCCAUGUAUCCCGAGCCGCCAAUUGAUGAGAGUCUGUUAAAUCAAUCUGAUUCAAGGUCAAGGUCUAUAAAACAGGGAACACUGGGUAGAGCUGAAACGGCUUCUAGUUUCCAACCAAAAAGUUUUAAAACCAAAUUUCAUAAUUCAAAAAUAAAUGACGAAAUUAGGGUCAUUGAUCUAUAUCGACCACUGCCCAAAUAUCGGUUACCAAAGCCUAAAUAUGCGACAACGUCUCCAGAUAUUGUGGCUAUGUCAGAGAAUAAAUAUGAAACUGAAAGGAAGAAUAUGUCCGAGGAGUUUAAAUUUAUAAUGGCUGAUGAACGGAUUUUGAGGAAUAGCCUAGAGAAAUUAACCAAAUUUGUCUGUAAGGAAUUCCAUAAAUUAAGCAAGUUACAAAUGAGCUUAGAUAUCCCAGAUUUCAGAUUACCAUUGUAUAUAUAUGUUGAAAAAUCAAUCCAAUCGAGGAAUAACUUUCGGAGUUUUUUAAGGAACACAUUAAUUAAUUAUAUUCGUCCGUUACUUUUAGGUGUAAGUCAACAUCAAGGGUCAUUAGAUAGGGCAAAAAAGUUUAAUAACAGGGUUCACCUAAAGAUAAAUUCAAUGGUCAAAGAUUUGUCGGUUUAUUUGCCGUCUGUUAAUUUCUCUGGGGACACAGUUACUUGCCUAUUCCAUAGCAGUCCGGUGCCAGCGUUUGGGAGAAUGUAUUGGUUGAAGCAUAAUAAAAGACAUCUCGUAUUCCGUGGAAAGAGGAGUCACAAUAAUCUAUUUUAUAAUGCAUCCAGGUAUCACAAGUGGAAAGGUACCGGCUACAUAAGGUACCCUGCUGUACUACAUUGGGAAACAUUUAAACAGGCUUUCAAGGAAUGGGAUCAUUUCACAUAA